AUGCUACCACUGGCAACUGGUUCCAAUGUGCCUUCAUCUAUCACCUCCCUGAAAAUCAACAUUCCUAACAACAACACCAAUAAUACCACGAACAUCAUCAACUUUCAUUCCCCUAACAACAACACCAAUACCACUACAAACUCCAUCAACUUUCACUUCCCUAACAACAACAUCAAUACCACUAUGAACUCCAUCACUCACGCAACAUGCAGUGCCAAAAUUUUCACCUCCCAGCCAGGACUCCCUUCCCCAAGCCCAUAUGCUACUGGCGCUUGGCCCAUUCCCCCAUUCCCUCACCUCCUUCAACCAAACCCUUGCCUCCUUCAACUGACCCCUCACCUCCUUCAACUGACCCCUCAGCUCCCUCUCCCAAACCCUCAGCCCCCUCUCCAAGACUCUCAGCUCCCUCCGCUGAACCAACUUGACACUGGUGCUCAGCGCAGUCCCCCAGCUUACCUUCCCCCUUCACAUCACCCCUCUCCUCAUUUCACUGGCACCAGGGGCAGUCCAGUUGAUGACCCAGAUGGUGACCUCUAUGAUGACCCUUACGCUGAUGACAAUGGCCCUCUCUCUGCUCCCCACCACCGGUUGCUUGACCUAUUCUGUUGUCAUCAGCCCUCAGCCCACUCCCUCAAGCACAUGUGCCACUAUUAA